AUGGAGGGCAUUCUGUGCGUGCCCCCCGAUAGGGGCCCCAUCAUUGGGAGGGCGGUUUGGAAGCCUCGCUACGUCGUUCUGGGAAAUGGGCUACGGGAACCGCAAAUACAGUCUGGCCUGGGCCGAUCACAGAGCAACCGAAGCUCUACGCCAGCCCGGAUGCAGAUCAAGGUGUCUCCGGAUACCAUGUAUCUUUCCAUCUACAAGUCCAAGGUACAGAUGCUGGCUCACCGCAAGCAAGGGCCCGUACUCCCAACGAUGGUUGUCAAUGUCGCCCCUGAUCCCGCCGCCGAGAAGAUGCGCAAACGUCGUUCGAGCAGGACCGCCGGUCUAACCACCGGGAAGGACUCGAUUCCUUCGACACUGCUGUUUCGCGCAGGUGAGGAUAGCCAAUCGUACCCUUCGCUCCACGAAUGGGCUCGCUUCAUCCAACAGCUUAUCCGCCCGAAUGUCGUCCCAGAGGGGCAGGCCACCCAGCCCCCUUUGAGUCCCAUCACUCCGGCCUCGCCAAGUUUUGUCAACCCGUUCUCACCCCGAUCCGGCGAUCAACAACAUAGACCAAACAGCGGGAGCGCAAGCUCGCGACCCAGUUUUCACCCCAUGAAUUUUGCACCAUUAUUCACCAGCCGCGAGCGCCCUGUCACUCUAGUCGAUACCCCGAGUCUACACUCCAAGCGCAGCGAUGUGUCGUCGCAAACCAGCUCCAUGAACCCAGGCUUGGGGCAUCAGCAUUAUACGGCCAUGUUCCCUGCCGAUCUUCCAUCACCGGCUACCACUAUUGGUGAGUACCAGGGCGAGUUUAUCGAGGGCUGGACUUCCGCUCAGGGGAGGUCUUCCGCACUGAGCUCACCCGUAAGAGGACGUGACAACAGCGUCGGUUCCCACUCACCAGCGCCGCUUCCCCAUCAGAUGCUCGACCCCACUUCACCCCCGGGCCCUCGGGAGACCAUCCUGGAUAGAGCCUUCCAAAUGCGCUGCAUUCCAGGAUCGGAGCGCGAUGUCCCAGGAGAAGAGAAACUUAGCUCGCUGGCUCGUUUCGAUGCAUUGAUGCGAGAAUUGGAUGACAAGAGGAAGAAGCGCGAGGCGGAUGAAGCUAGGAGCAGAUCCGCCACACUUGCAACCUCAGAUCCUGCAACAGAAAGACCUGGACUUAAAAGUGCAUGGGACGUGGCCGAAGCCUCGAGCCCAGAGGAGGACAUUGACGAAGAGGACGAGGAUAGUGAUUUGCCUGAGGUUGAGCGUGACUCGGAGGAUGGCUUCAUGAUUCCAUCCUCUACUCGAAGAGCACUGGAGUUCAUCACGGGAAGGAACGAGCUGGCUUCGCCACAAAAGCAGUCCUCUCGCCAACCGAUCCGGGUUCCGUUGAUGUAUAACGCAGACGCCUUGAACGCUUUGUCAUCAGGUGGUGGCAGUUCCUCUCGACCACAGACCGGUUAUUCUCACAGGUCUCGUCCAUCCAUUGGCGCAAGAACACAGUCACAACCUCAAAUGACGGAGAUGCUUGCUGCUUAUGGAAGCCCACUAAUGGGCGUUCUUGAAGGACACUCCGAGACGUCGUUUGAAGAAAGUAAUAUAGCUACCGCGAUGAACUCGACUACGUCGACGCCGCUUCAACAUAGCCACCGUCACUCGACGUCGAGUGGCAAGCGCCUGAGCUUCAGCGAUUUCACCAAACGUCUCAGCAGCACAAGUAGCUUGCUCCUGGUCCAGACCAAUAACAGCACCGGUAGCAGUCGUGGCAGCAGCAACAGUGAGGCCGACAGCACACAGGCUCAACCUCAACAGCGACCACCGUCACCGUUGCAGGGCGACAAGAUGAUCCCUCGGAGCGCUGGCUCGCCGCCGCAACGUUCGAUCGACCGAGAUGCUUCGGACAAGAGAUGCGGCUGGCGCGGCAGCGUUGGGGUGUUUGGCGGUCCAGAGGGCGGUUUCCUUUAGAAGAGGGCUAAACGGCGCCCUUUUGUACCAAGCGCCACCUCGUCAACCGCUGCGAUCUCGCUUGUGACAAGUAAGAAGGAGCGGAAGCUGUUUAAACCAAGUUCUUGGCUCGGACUGGCUCGUUGAGCUUUGCCCCCAUUCUUGGACCUUCACCUACGUGCAUCACUUGUUGCUGGAGUCUCUCAUCACAGUCCGCCCAACUCUUAUUUCACACACAUGGCUCUAUCAAUUCUCUCCCAUCGUCAAUAGCUCGU